GCUCCCAAGGCGUCUCACACAGCGAUUUUCCCUGCUUCUCCCUACCACUCGCCGUGCCCCCCUGGCCUGGGAUCCAAAGCGCGCGCCGAGGAUCCCCACACAAAACAAGAGAUCACCUCAGAUCCUUCCCAGGGUCGGGACGGUCCGUUUUGUCACGUUUUUCCCUCUUCCCAAAGGCAUCCCGCAUUUUUUUUGACCCACCGGGUCUGUGCAGCGAUCCAGAAACGCGCCGGGGUGUGUUUUUUUACCCCCCUCCCCAAACCUUCCCUUGCGAGUUCAAGAAGCGUUUUUACGCGCGGGCCUGGCUUCUUCCGGAGCGGGAAGAGCGCAGGAGAGCGGGAACCGCCUCUGCCUCGCGGCUUAAUCUCCUCCCUAGGGAGGUCGAGGCAAGAUCUCCGGAUGCCUCGGGAAGGCUAGCGGACGUGCGGGACGUGCGGGAAGGGAUCCCUUUUCGGGGAUGGCCGGAGGGCCCUCCUCCCCUUCCUGCUGAGAGAAGGAGGCGACGGGGGUCCGCCAGCCGGCGAGGUUUCUUUGCCAGCCCUGCCUGGCCAUCUCGCCCGGCUCAGCCAAUGGCAGCGCAGGAAGGGGGCAGGUUUUCGACUUAGUCACUCUCGCGUGGAGGAAAGGCAGAGAAAGGAGCAUCGUUUUUUCCCCCGGCGGGGUUGAGGACGGGACCUCUGUGGUCUUUUUUUUCCUUCUCGUGGUCAGAGAGCCGGGAAGCGGCGCGCCUCCUUCUCCAUCCUCCCCCGCCCAGCUUCUGGGUUGCCUUCUCUCUCGGGGCUUCUGUCUGGCAAAGCCGCCUGGGACUCCCCUCAGAUUGCAGGAUGAUCGCUGCUCAGCUGCUGGCCUAUUAUUUCACCGAAUUAAAGGAUGAUCAGGUCAAAAAGAUUGAUAAAUAUCUAUAUGCCAUGCGGCUGUCGGAUGAAACUUUGCUGGAUAUUAUGGGUCGCUUCAGGAAUGAAAUGAAGAAUGGCCUCUCUAGGGAUUUUAACCCAACAGCCAGUGUAAAGAUGCUGCCUACCUUUGUAAGGUCUAUUCCUGAUGGCUCAGAAAAAGGAGAUUUCAUUGCUCUGGAUCUUGGUGGCUCUUUCUUCCGAAUUUUGAGAGUAAAAGUCUCACACGAGAAAAAGCAGAUGGUGCAAAUGGAAACUGAGAUUUACGAAACGCCAGAAGAUAUUACGCACGGCAGUGGCACACGGCUUUUUGAUCAUGUUGCUGAAUGUCUGGGAGACUUCAUGGAGAAACAAGAAAUUAAGGACAAGAAAUUACCUGUUGGGUUCACAUUUUCAUUCCCAUGUAGGCAAUCUAAACUAGAUGAGGGUUUUCUGAUUACCUGGACAAAACGUUUCAAAGCAAGUGGUGUCGAAGGAGCUGACGUAGUGAGUCUCUUAAACAAAGCUAUCAAGAAACGUGGGGAUUAUGAUGCGGACAUCAUGGCAGUGGUUAAUGACACUGUUGGGACAAUGAUGACCUGUGGAUUUGAUGACCAGCGUUGCGAAGUUGGCUUAAUUAUCGGUACUGGUACAAAUGCCUGCUAUAUGGAAGAAAUGAGGCACAUUGAUCUGGUGGAAGGUGAUGAAGGCCGCAUGUGCAUCAACACCGAAUGGGGUGCAUUUGGAGAUGAUGGCUUAUUAGAAGACAUCCGGACUGAAUUUGACAGAGAGAUUGAUCGGGGUUCCCUUAAUCCUGGGAAGCAACUAUUUGAAAAGAUGGUCAGUGGAAUGUACAUGGGUGAACUUGUCAGGCUUAUCCUUGUAAAAAUGGCCAAAGAAGGUCUCCUUUUUGAGGGGCGAAUCACUCCUGAACUUUUGACCAAAGGGAAAUUGGAAACUAAGGAUGUUUCUGCCAUAGAGAAGAGCAAGGAAGGUUUGCAUAAAGCCAAAGACAUACUAACACGUCUUGGGGUUGAGCCUUCCCAUGAAGACUGCAUCGCUGUCCAACACGUGUGCACCAUUGUGUCGUUCCGCUCUGCAAACUUGGUGGCAAGUACUCUGGGUGCUAUCCUGAGUCAGCUGCGAGACAAUAAAGGAGUUGGCCGGCUGCGCACCACGGUGGGGGUGGACGGAUCCCUUUACAAGAUGCAUCCGCAAUACGCCAGGCGCCUGCACAAAAUGGUGCGACGCUUAGUGCCUGAUUCCGAUGUGCGUUUCUUGCUCUCUGAGAGUGGCAGUGGAAAGGGGGCAGCUUUCGUGACCGCAGUAGCCUAUCGGCUGGCAGAGCAGCACCGGUUGAUUUCAGAGACCCUGGCAGAAUUCAAGCUCACCAACGAACAGCUGCUUCAGGUGAAGAAGCGGAUGAGGAUUGAGAUGGAGGCCGGCCUCAAGAAGAAGUCACAUGACCAUGCCAAGGUCAAGAUGCUGCCCACCUUUGUCCGCAGCACCCCUGAUGGGACAGAGAAUGGAGACUUCCUGGCUCUGGAUCUUGGUGGGACAAAUUUCCGUGUUUUGCUGGUGAAGAUCCGAAGUGGUAAAAGAAGGAUGGUAGAAAUGCACAAUAAAAUAUAUUCAAUCCCUGUAGAAGUUAUGCAGGGGACUGGAGAUGAGCUGUUCGAUCACAUUGUCUCCUGCAUUUCGGACUUCCUGGAUUACAUGGGAAUAAAAGGAGCUUGCCUCCCUCUGGGCUUUACGUUUUCUUUCCCCUGCAAACAGACCAGCCUAGAUUGUGGUAUCCUUUUGAAUUGGACCAAGGGCUUUAAGGCUACUGACUGUGAAGGAGAGGAUGUUGUUAAUUUACUAAGAGAUGGAAUUAAAAGAAGAGAGGAAUUUGAACUGGAUGUUGUGGCUGUAGUGAAUGAUACAGUUGGAACUAUGAUGACUUGUGCCUAUGAAGAUCCGAAUUGUGAAAUAGGACUCAUUGUGGGAACUGGGAGCAAUGCCUGCUACAUGGAAGAAGCCAGAAAUGUUGAAAUGGUAGAGGGAGACCAGGGCAGGAUGUGUGUGAACAUGGAAUGGGGCGCCUUUGGGGACAACGGAUGCCUAGAUGAUAUCAGGACAAUCUAUGACAAAGCUGUGGAUGAAUAUUCACUAAAUAGUGGCAAGCAAAGGUAUGAGAAGAUGAUCAGUGGAAUGUAUUUAGGGGAAAUUGUCCGUAACAUUUUGAUUGACUUCACAAAAAGAGGAUUCCUCUUCAGAGGUCAAAUUUCAGAAACACUGAAAACUAGGGGCAUUUUUGAAACCAAGUUUCUUUCACAGAUUGAGAGCGAUAGAUUAGCGUUGCUUCAGGUCCGUACCAUCCUCCAGCAGCUUGGCCUGAACAGCACUUGCGAUGACAGUAUAAUUGUGAAGGCAGUAUGUGGAGCUGUGUCGCGGAGAGCAGCUCAGCUGUGUGGCGCUGGAAUGGCUGCUGUUGUAGAUAAAAUAAGGGAGAACAGAGGCUUGGAGCAUCUGGACGUAACAGUGGGCGUAGAUGGCACACUAUACAAACUUCAUCCACACUUUUCAAAGGUCAUGCACCAAACAGUAAAGGAUCUGGCGCCCAAAUGCAACGUGACAUUCCUGCUUUCAGAAGACGGCAGCGGCAAAGGAGCCGCCCUUAUCACUGCGGUGGGAUGUCGAUUGCGCGAUGCAGAGCACAACUGAACUCUGAUCCCUGGGCUGCUUAUGACUUCCAAGCACUUUCUUGACAAACAGCAGUUCUGUAGUCUGAACUGGCGGGGAGAGCCCAGAAUUCACUGCUUGGUGGAAGAGUUGGGGUUUAAGAAAAAAAAAAAGUAAAAUAAAAAAUAGAAUGCUGAUUAAGUAUGCUGUUGCUGAUAAUAUCUUCUACUUUGGGUCCUUUUGUCUGCAUGUGUCUUUUUCUGGCCUAUUUAGUACAUUCCCCAUCUGUAGAUCAUGAAAAAAAAUGGAUAAUUUAAACAAAUGUCAGGAAUUAAUUUAUGAUUUGAGGUUCUAAAAUUACAGCCAAAAAAUUGACAUGAGCAAGAGCAGGUGGUGGUACCAUGUCAAGUAUAUUCUUUGCAGCUGCUACCGUGUCCACAUUAAACCAGUAUACCACCAACAGUGCUGAAUAUGAGGCAAAUGCUUAUGCAAAAUGAAUGUAGCAAUUCCCACCUGAACUUUUCACCCAAUAUUGUUUUAUUCCCUCCUCACCCAUCUUGGAGUUUUCACAGCAGUCUGGUAGCAUCUGAAUUUUCUGGUCUUAGACUUCCCUUAAUGAUGUGAAUUUUCUUCUGUUUGCACUGAACCAAGGGAUGCACAGAUCAAUUAAUCAAUCAACCAGUACCUCUCCUCACUUGUCAAUUAUCACUUCUAUUUCUUUUCGCUUUGGUAAUCAAUGUCAAAAUUCCAAGUAAAGCAUGAACCAUUUCAAAAGGCAAGUCUUUAUUAAUAAAAUCAAAGGUGAUCCAGAUCUCUAAGAAAUGCUUUUUGCCUUUAUAUUAGCUUUGCUAUUUUCCAGGUUUCUCUCUCCCCCCCUUUAAUAAAAGAGUUUGGAAUUCCCUUGUUAUUUUAUGUCCUGCUGAGAGCCAUUUCCAAUUUAUUAAGGUCCUAAAUUCUGGGAGAAACAUGAGAGCUUGCAUGGGAGAAUAUAAUGUGUUGGGGGCAGAGACUUGACUUUCUGUCGGAUCCAUAUCACAGGUGCACAUCCAGAAGAACCAAAUCAGCGUAAGGCCAGUAUUUGCAUCCAACAGCCAAAGCAUCUGCAGAACUGAAACCCCAUCUUUUUUUGAGGUAGGGCAGGGGUCUUCAAACUUGACCCUUUUAUGACUUACGGAUUUCAACUCCCAGAAAUCCUCAGCCAGCCACACUGGCUGAGGAAUUCUGGGAGUUGGAAGUCCACAAGUCAUAAAAGGACCAAGUUUGAAGACCCCUGAGGUAGGGUUUUGAUUGUUUGGUCCUGGUUAUCAUCUUUUUUAAAAAAACAAAAUCCCACUGGAUAAUCCAGUCUAGCCUUUGCUCUAGAGCAGUGUUUCUCAACCUCAGUAGCUUUAAGUUGUGGGGACUUCAACUCUUGCUUGGCUGGGGAAUUCUAAGACUUGAAGUCCACACACCUUAAAGUAGCCAAGGUUGAGAAACAUUGUUCUAGACUGAAGAUACCAGUGACUACAGACCUGACCACCAUUUUGAUUUUCUCUUAUAGCCCAGGGUGUCUGACACAUUAUUCUAAAAACUGCAGGAAACUGAAAAGGUUUGAGUGGCUUCCUAUUUCUGAUGCUUCUGUAAGACAGCAUUUACACAAUCACAAAACUUCGCUAUAGCCAAAGAAUCAGAUGGGAAAAUGUGAUACACUCUACCUUCUAUGGUGAUUACAGUAGUAGAAUUCAUAAUGAAAUCACAUUGAUCUUUAUGGAGCUGAAUUGUACCAAUUAUACUUCUGAAAAUGCACACUUGUAGUUAAUUAGGCAUGUGGGAAAUUAGGUAUUCUUUAACAAUUUUAGGAAUAUCUUUCAAGACCUGGUUUAUUCUGGUUUAUUUAUUGGAUUUGGUGGUGCGAUUUACCAAGAUAUUUGAAAAAUAUUGAUAUAGGUAGCACCAGAGAAAAUAAUCUGCAAACGAUGGAUAUCACAGUUACAAGAUCUUGUAGUUUGACCUAGACUUGAAAUUUAAACUAGAGCGUUAUUAUAGAGACUGAACUCUUUUCUCUUGUUAGUAAUUACCCAAAUAGCAAAGGGGUCAGCUUGUCUUUUUAGAGGCUCUCCAGCUAUCUCCAUUCCAAUAAGAAAGUAUAUUGAUCACAUCAUUGGCAACAAGAAACAGCAACAAUAAAGAAAAUAAAGCAAGUUUAGUGGAUUACUUUAAAUCUCAAGAUUCGGAUUGCCUUCUCUUUUAAUAAGCAUUUUCAGUACACAUUUUGGUGCAUUGUGAUCGAAUGUUGUGGUAAAAUGAGUCUUGCCCAGUAUUUUGCAGCUUUCAGUGUGUGUGCGUGUGUACACGUCUUCCUGAAGGAUCGCAUGAUUCCCAUGGUUUUCCUAUGCUGGAAAGUCUUUUUAUAUUGCCUACCAGUAGUGAUGAUACUACAUAGUGCAAAGUGGACAUUUGUGACAUAAUUAAACUUUAUUUUGAAGUGUG